UAGCUGCUUGUUUGUUGUGUUUGAUUUGAGUCAGCCAUUACUUACCCAGUGAGCAGUAAACUCUGGUCUAAAAUGUCCACGCGAUUUGUCUUCGUAUCCUGCCUAUUCUGGUUGAAUACACACAUCACUGUACAAGAUUCUAGCGUGAGUGCCAACAACGGAAGAUCAAAACGUCAUAUUGUUGAUGAAUUCCUGACCACUAACGCGUGCGGGAUUUGCACCAGCUCCCUGCCCAGACCAGUGGUCACUCUGCCAAGUGGAUUGGACGUGAUGUGUGACACACAGACAGACGGCGGAAGGUGGACGGUGAUACAGAGAAGAUUCAACGGAUCAACAGAUUUCAAUCGGGACUGGAAUGAAUACAAACAUGGGUUUGGUGAAGUUGACGGUGGGGAAUUUUGGCUGGGUAAUGAAAACAUCUAUCGUCUGACGUCUUUAGCGAAACACGAACUGAGGGUCGAUUUUAAAUAUAAGAAGAAGGACUACUACGCUAAAUAUUCAAGCUUUAGUGUGGGUAGUGAACGGGAAAGUUAUAAGUUAAAAGUUACCGGCUUUUCAGGAAAUGCCGGAGACGCUUUGGUAAACCACAACAACUGCAAGUUCAGCACUUACGACAAAGACAACGACAUUGCCCGCUAUCAAAACUGCGCCGCGAAAUACAACGGGGGCUGGUGGUUCCACACGUGCCACAACGGCAAUCUAAACGGGGAGUGGGGAAACAUAACCUACGGCAGAGGUGUCAUCUGGGAACCGACAACAAAUCAACAUAGUUCGGCAACUUUUACUGAGAUGAAAAUAAGACCGAUCUAAGAAAAGAAUGCGUUUCUCUUUUGACGUCAUGAA